AUGCAAGGAUUUUUAGCUAAUAUAUCUAUAAUCGAUCAUGAUUAUUAUGAAUCACGAUUUUCAACUAUAAAUCUUCGUGACAAUAAAUGUUAUAUUGAUUUAGAAUAUUCAAUCCUUCAUUCCAUUCUCGCUGAUCUAUUCGAACAAAUUGAUUUAAAUACUCGUCCAACAUUAAAUGAAUUAAUAAAUAUAAAACUAUUUUAUUCAACAAAUAAAAAGGAUAUUGUUCUUCUUCAACGUUCACUAAUGUUAAAUAUCUAUCAAGAAGGAAAUUGUUGUCGAACUGGAUCCGACAAACAAGCUGAACAGUAAGUAAAAAUAAAUGAACUAGAUAUAUUCAAUUACAAUGGAAAAAAUAAAUAAAUUUUCUUUUUUUUCUUAUCUUUAUCUAGUAUAAUAGUAAUUUUGCAUGAUUUUCUUCUCUCUCUCUCUCUCAUGUUGUGCUCACAAAAGACCGUUGUCUAACAAAAUCAGGUGGAUUAUAUAUAAAUUUAUAUUUAGAGCAUGCUCCUUUUUGUGUACUCAAAAAGUGAGUACACUCUAGCAUCGGUCAGUGUGUUCAGCCGGUCGGCCGUCCGUCCGUGUACACGAUAAGUCUUCACAAUUACAUCCGAUUGCGCUAAAAUUUUGUGCACAGAAUUGUCUCAUCAAUAUCUCGGUCGAGUUCGAAGAUGAGAAGGAUCCGUCAAGAAAUGGCUGAGUUAUCGAAAAAAUUGUCAUUUUUCACCAGACCAUCCCUGAGGGGGGAUACAGGGAUUUUUUCAAAAAAAAUAUUUUUCUCAGAAUUAUCCACAACAUAUAUAAAUCUCCUCAGUUUUUAACGCUGAUUCCGAAUCUGAUAUUAGUUUUGAACCAAACCGUAGUUUUCUAACGAAACAUUGCCUGAAAAAAGUCUAAAAAUGCACAAAAACUGCAUCCAGAAACCAAAUUGCCUAUAUAUGUCUCAGAUGACCAGUAGUUUUGGAGUUUCCCAAAUGCCUGAUUUUGUAGCUAGUCAAAAGGACCAUCGAAAGGCAAAAACCUGAACUCGAUAGCUAUUAAUAUUGGUGAUUUAUUAUGAAAAUACUGAUGCCUGUAUCUAUCAUAUAUCUCUUAUAGAUUCGUGAUGUUGCUUACGAUCGUAAUCCCGCUAAAUACAAACACA